UGCUCCCAAGAGAGUUUCUGCUGUGAGAAGGAGAAAAGAUCGGGAAACUGUGAGGACUGUAAAGACUCUAAAGACAGCUGAAAAGCCCAAAAAGACAGCUCUUCCUAGAAUCAGCCUGCCUCCGAAAAUCACAAAGAUCCGAAGAUUUCCUCCUUUUCUGAAAGCCAAGAAAGUAGAUAAACCCAAGGCUUCCAAAACAAAGACAAAGACCAAAAAGCAAGAACAGGUCACAGACUCUGGACAAGAAGUUGGGCCUUGUAGACCUGCACCAGUUUAUUGCCCGUCCCCACCUGGAUGGUAUGUUCAUCACAUAGUCACAGACAAUCCUUACCCUCCUCCUACCAUGUCAGCUCCCUCUGCUCCUGUACUGACCGCCCACCCUGUCCAUCCCGGAGCCCCACAGGGCAUUUAUCAGCAACAGCCUCCGCCAGCACCAAUGCAUCCACUGUACGCACAGUAUCAACCAUAUCAGCCACCACUUCAGCCUGUGAUGCCGCCUCCACCAGAUCCAGUUCAGCCACUCCAGCCUGUACAGCCAGAAGCUGCAGAAGAAGAAGAAAAAGCUCCUGCCCAACCUGAGGUCCCGUCUCCAGCUGUUGAAGCUGAGCCUGCUGAUGCUCCGGUUCAAGAACCAGAGGCUGCUGAGGAGGACGUGAUUGCUGUCUCCACAAAGAAAGCAAAAAAAACAACAACAAAGGCUGCUGAUUCAGACAAAGCAAUUAUCCCCUCAGAGCCAGGAGCAGCCAAAGGGAAAACAAAGAAAGAUGCUGCCGUUUUGAAAGACAAAACCAAAGCAGACACUGCAAAGAAAGUGGCAGCUGCUAAAAAAGAGAAAAUCAGAAUUCAUGCAGGGGCAAAAACAGAUCCAUCUGCAAAACAUAAAACUAAAAGUGCUGCAGCUCCUAAGAAAGAGCCUGCGGCUGAAAGACAGAAGAGGAAAUCAGCCUCUGAAAAGACAGCGGCACCUAUCAGGAGCAAAGUGAAGGCUUCGAUAGCAAAGACAGAUCCAGAACCACGUCCACAGCCACUCAGACUGAGACCGAGACUUGACAUUGGCAGGAGGGCAAAUGUAACCUCUGAAGCCCACGAGGAGAAACCUGCCAGAUCUGAACCAGCCAAGACAAGAUCAAAAUUAUUGGCAGCAAAGAAAAGCCAAGCAGAGAAGGCUGAAAAGAAAUCUGUCAAAGAGACUCAAGGUAUGGCUUUAGAGUAG